AUGUUGGAUUGGGAUAAAUGGUUACUUAUAUCGAUUGGUGGAGGACAUGCCACUGGAGUGGAUAAAGUAGCUAAGAAGUUAGAAGAAUCUAUUACUAAGGUGUUUACCAAUGCCUAUGUUACAAUAAUUGAUCUUGAUAAAAUAAUGGAACAAUCUGACUCUAAAAGAACUUAUAGUGAUAAGGAUAUCAAUUUUGAAGAAAUAUUUUCAGGUUUAAAUGGUAUUUCUCAUAAGGGUAUCGAUGUCAUAAUAUUAUGUGGUUGUUAUGCGCUAUAUAAUAAAAUGAUCAAUAAGAGAUCAAAACUAAAAAUAUUUUUAGAUAGUGACAAUGACAAAAGAUUAAUUAAUAUUAUCAAAAGGUCUAAGACUGGGACACCUGAUGAAUUAUCAGUAAUAAUUGCUGAAUAUAUGGACCAUUUACGACCUGAAAUGAUGAAGUAUAUAGAACCCACGCGAGUAUAUGCAGAUAUGAUUAUACCUUAUGAAAAUGAAGCUGUUGGUUCUGAUAUCCUUCUGGAUGGUGUUGUGAAGGCGAUUCAAGAAAUAGACGGCGGUGAUAAUAGAUCAAAGACCGUUCCUGUUUGGAACUAUGAAACUGAGCAAAUGGAUGUCCAGAAAGAAAGGUACUACGAUUUAUCUUAG